GUUCCCGUUUGCCAAAUGCUCAUGGACGAGAGCCAAUUGGACCUGAUCGCGGACGAUGGCGCCCAGUGCGUAGACGCCCACCCGACGCGCGCGGACAGCAGGGGGAAGAGCGCCGACAUCAACGCGGCGAACGAGGGCGACCGCGCGGAGAUCGAGGUCGACGGCCAGUGGGGGCUCGUCGGCAACGUUGUCAUCGAGAACGGGAACGCGGUGCGCGAGAACCACGGCGCGGGGUGGGGCGAGACCAGCGACGCGCCGAGCACGAUCGACCACGCGGCGAGCGAGAUCGGGAAGAGGGCGCGCGAGAGCGACAGCAUGGAGGGCGAGGUCGUCGACCAGCAGGGGCCGGAGGGCGACGCGGCGGGCGGGGUCCGCGACGCGGCGGGCGUCAACGACAGCAGGGCGAGCGAGGACCGACGGCGCGCCGCCGGCAUGAUCGGCCACAUGGUUAGCGAGGUCGGGACACUGAUCGACCGCGCGGAGAUCGAGGGCGACGGCCAGCGGGAGCUCGUCGGCAGCGCGGUCACGGAGAACGGGAACAGACCGCGCGCGAACCACGACAUGGUGAGCAUCAGCGGCGGCGCGAUGACCGAGGUCGGCAGCCAGCAGGUGCUGAACGGCCACGGGGAGUGCGAGACCGACGACGGGAUGAGAAGCAUCAAGGCUGGCGAGGACUACGCAGGAUUGACAGCGUG